AUGGCGUUUGCAUCUCAAGCUCUAACCAAGUUCAUCGUCCUCUUAUCACUCAGCUGUUUCACCUGGCAAGCUCAUGAAGCUUCAGCCAACAACGACACCGAUCGGGUCGCGCUGCUGGAGUUCAAGAAAGGAAUCAGCCAUGACCCAGAUGGCGUUUUCAACUCAUGGAACGAUUCCCUCCAUUUCUGCAGCUGGCCUGGCGUCCUCUGCGGCAGGGGAAGUAACAGCAGAGUCACAUCCCUUUUCCUGCCAGAUCUUAAUCUGGCAGGUACUCUGCCUCCACACAUCGGCAACUUAAGCUUUCUUACUUCCAUCAGCCUCGCCAACAACCGCUUCUAUGGCCAAAUCCCAUCACAGAUAGGCAACUUGGUCAGGCUCCAGCAGCUAAACCUCUCAGAAAACACAUUCGAUGGCGCGAUUCCUGUCAAUUUGAGCCGCUGCUCGAAGCUCAAGAUCCUGUCGCUGCAGAUAAACAGGCUUAUAGGAACGAUACCUGACGAGCUGGGCUCUUUAGCAAAGCUCGAGUAUCUAAGAGUUGGGACCAACAAUCUGACGGGAAAGCUGCCACCUUCCCUGGGAAAUCUCUCGCAGCUCGCCAAUUUGGGUGCUGCGUUCAACAAUUUGGCGGGACGGAUUCCUGACAGCUUUGGGCAGCUUUCCAAGCUGAGGUCGCUUACCAUGGGGAUAAACCAACUCUCUGGUAAAAUUCCUCCCUCCAUUUACAACCUCUCAUCCCUGCAAAACAUGGUGUUUACUUACAACAACCUGGAAGGCAGCUUGCCUGAGAAUCUAGGCCACACAUUGACCAACAUUAACUACUUCGAAAUCUCGGGGAACAAUCUCGUGGGGACGAUCCCAGAAUCGUUCUGCAACGCUUCGAAGCUUGUGGACAUGAACAUGAAUAGCAACAAUUUUGUUGGCAGGAUUCCGAACUGCCUGGGGAAUUUUGGGGGUCUACUGUGGUUGGAUGUGGGCAACAACAGUCUCGGUCACAAUUCGACUGGUGACUUCGAUUUCGUGGCUUCGUUGGUGAACUGCAGCCAGCUUCGACGCGUGGGGAUAUCGAGGAACAACUUCGGGGGAUCAUUGCCGGACUCUGUGGGGAAUUUGUCAUCAACCCAGUUCAGUGAGUUGUUGGUUGGAGUCAACCAAAUCAGUGCUCUCCCCGACUCGCUGCAGAAUCUGAUGGGUUUGGCCUAUGUGGAUCUGUCCUUGAACAUGCUGAGUGGCACCAUUCCUUCAUAUUUUGGUAAGAUGCAGAAUGUUCAAGGACUCAUCUUACAUGGGAAUGACUUCUCGGGCGAAAUACCGGACUCGUUGGGGAACCUCAGUAGAUUGGUCGAGCUCGACUUGUCCACCAACAGGCUUGAAGGAACCCUUCCUGCAAGUCUAGGGAAUUGUCAGAGCUUGGCCUUCAUUCACGUUGCUGAGAAUGGACUCAGUGGAGAUAUACCUCCAGAGGUGAUGAGCUUGUCCUCGUUAACCACAUUGCUGAACCUGUCAGUUAAUUUGUUCAGUGGCAAGCUGCCUAAGGAAGUAGGGAAGUUGGUUAAUCUGAAUGCACUUGAUGUGUCCUACAAUAACCUGACAGGCGAAAUUCCUAGCUCGAUUGGGGAAUGCAGUAGCUUGGAGCAUCUUUUUAUGCAGGGAAAUUCCUUUGAAGGAACUAUUCCUGCACCAUUGGCAUCCAUGAAAACUCUCCAAGAACUGGAUCUUUCCCACAACAAGUUGACAGGAAAUAUCCCAGCAGAGCUGCAGAAUGUCAAGUUCUUCCAAUAUCUGAAUCUUUCGUUCAACGAUCUGGAAGGUGAAGUGCCAAGUGGAGGGAUAUUCUCGAAUGCCAGCGCCAUUUCGUUGAUGGGUAAUCCUCAGCUAUGCGGUGGUGUCAUUCAACUUCAGUUACCAAAGUGCUCAACUGCUAAACCAGCUGCUGCGGCUUCUGCUUCUGGGCGAGUUAAAUUGAGAGUCGAAAUUGCUUUGCCUGUGUCUGCAUUCAUUCUUCUCAUUUUCUUAGCAUUGGUCUUGAUCCACAAGUAUAAAACAUCGAGGAAGAAGCGAUCCAUCGAAGAUGCGAUUCCAGACCAAUUCAUGAGGGUCUCUUACGGAGACCUCCAUAAAGCAACAGAUGGCUUCUCCGCAGCCAACUUACUCGGUUCUGGCGGGUUUGGUACCGUCUACAAGGGGAAACUGGAGCAUAUGGAGAACCCAGUAGCCGUUAAGGUACUCGAUCUGAAGCACGAUCAAGCUGACAAGAGCUUAGCCGCGGAAUGCAACGCAUUGAGGAACAUUCGUCAUCGAAAUCUCGUAAAGGUGGUCUCCUUUUGCUCUAGCUUGGACCACAAGGGUAAGGAAUUCAAGGCAUUGGUGUUUGAGUACAUGGAGAACGGAAGCUUGGAGGAUUGGCUCUAUGGGACUACUUCAAUAACAUCUGAUAUAGUGAACCAAGCUACCAACAAUCUGAGCCUGAUUCAAAGAUUGAACAUUGCAAUAGAUGUGGCAUCAGCAAUGCACUAUCUGCACAAUCUCUGCGAGACGCCGAUCAUUCAUUGUGAUUUGAAGCCUAGUAACGUUCUGCUUGACCGUCACAUGGUGGGUCAUGUUAGUGACUUCGGUCAGGCAAGAUUUCUCUCUAACGGUGAGCCAUUUUCUCAUAGCACUGCAACUACAAGUGGUGUAAAGGGGACUAUCGGCUAUGCUGCUCCAGAAUAUGGGAUGGGCUCGAAUGUGUCAGCGCGAGGAGACGUGUACAGUUAUGGGAUUCUCGUCCUCGAAAUGUUUACGAGAAGGCGACCAACGGAUGAAAUGUUCAGAGAAGGUCUGAAUCUCCAUAGCUUAGCUAAGGCUGCUUCGCCUGGAAACCUUGGAUCCAUACUAGACCCGGUUCUUCUCUCUGAAGAGGUUGUACCAUAUGAUGAUGGUGGAAUAGGAAAGGGCAAAGUUACGAGGAAGAAAAGGAUAGGUGUUUUGCAGAUGGAGAGGGUGCAUGGUUGUUUGGUUUCAAUACUUGAAGUUGGAGUUGCUUGCUCCUCUGAGUCGCCCGGGCAACGAAUGAACAUGGCCGCUGCAGCUGCAAAACUGCAAUCAAUUAGAGACAUGCUGCGCAGGUGA